UACUUGUGCUCUUUAUAUAACUCUUUCGCUGAAAGCAAAGUGAUUCUCGCUCGCGAGACGACCGGCCUCGUCUACAUCAUUGAUGAUCACCGCAGCCAGAACCGCAAUUCUGUCAUUUCUCGACUCAUUAUCCUACCCUAUCAUAAUGUCAUAAUAGUCUGUCUACUCUAUGUAUACACACAUGAUCGGCCGGGACAGGUAAUUCUUUGACCGAUCCUGGAACCUGGUCCGCGACGGAAUCAUCGCGACUUCUCGUUCGCGCAAGGGUUACGAACUAAAGACCUGCUGCCCUCUUGUUUCCCUUAACCUAUAUUAAAGGAUCAAUGACUGAAUGUUGCAUACGCGCGAAGGACGUGUGUCAGCGCUUGUCAGAUCGCGAGCGCCUACUUUGAUGGGGACGGGCGAGUGAUUAGAGCGUGUCGAUAUUCGAUGAAUUUCCAAAAAGGUUUGCGAUCGGAUUUAAUGGUUUAACGAUUGCAGGAUGAGUCGUACGAUGGACGAAAAGGAGGAAUUAGUGAAGAAGGCCUUAUUUAGUUUCGUUAGGAAACAGGUGCCCACUGCUCAAUUGAGCUUAAUAGAUGACAUUGUACUAAGUUAUGUAGUGAGUAUGGUAGAAGAAAGUGCAUUGGAGGAAAAUUUAGAUGUGGACGGACUGUGCGAGAUGGUAUCCGCUUGCCUUCCCGAGUUUUCCACUAUUGAGAAAGAGGCUGUAUCAAAAUGGUUGCUGGAUGUGGAAAGUAAAUUGAAACAAGAAAGUAAAGAUAAUGAAAAUUGUCAGUCUCACAGCGAUCCAUUGAAUCACAUCAGCCUCUCCGCUCUUUUGCCAGCUGGUACGCAAAGAAUGCGCAUUCAUCAUCUGUCAGAAACGAGCGAUGCCGGCAGCGAUUCUAGCGGAGAAUAUUUUUCGGAGGAAUCCUCUUGGCACCAGGUGGCUUUAUUACAAGAGAUGUUUCCGGCGGCGAGCACCGCUGAAGCGAGGCAUUGUUUGGCGGUAGCCGGGGGUGAUAUAGCAAAGGCCGCGCAACUCGCGUUACAUCGUCAGGAAGCAGGUCAAAGUAUCGUGAGCAACCUCACGUUUCUAACGCCCAAUGGUCGUAAUAAAGCAAGAUUGAACGACGAAGAGCUGAAAUCUCGUAUCAUAGCACGAUAUAGUUACGUCGACAGGGACGACGAUUGUCGUGAACAUCGUCCAGUAGCACCAAAAACAGAGCCCAAGAAACUGGUACGAUAUCUCGACAAUAAGAUCGUAAGUGUAAAGGGUGAACGUUAUACAGAAGUGCGGAGGGGCGGCGAGGACGAAGACGGUAACGAAGGUGGUAGAAAGAGAGGUCAUUGCCGUCCGUAACCAGUCCCUUUGCCUCCAACCCCCGAUCCACCCCCUUGGAGGCAUCUGAUUUUCGAUUGAAUUUUAGAUCUUUUUCAUCUUACUCGUGUAGGAAUAUAGACAAAAUAUUGAAUUUAAACAGGUGUAACAUUUUUUUGACAUUUAAUUUCUAUGUAAUGCAGCCUACGCAGCUCUUGGAAUCUCUCACAUGUUUCAACAUAAUUUGUUGAUUAAUUUGUCGUUGUACUAUAUACAG